UUUGGACUCCAGUAAAACAGAAAAUUGCAUAAUUUGAUUUGGGCAGCUUCCUUUGGAGUGACGCACAUGACAGUCGUGUGAUCGCUUUUCACAAAAGUGCACAUUAGAGCAAUCUCUCUCCCCCUAAAACCGCGCAGAACCCAGGAGGAUUGUAAUCGGAACAGAAUCAACAUGCAGGUGAAAACCUGUGUCCUCAUGUACGCUCUCCUCUUGGCAGCAUCCGUUCCUUCCACCGCUGGACCGCUCCACGCGCAGUGCAAAGUGGAAUGGUAUUUUGGGGUCCCCUGCGGGGUGGUCUGUUCGGCCCUGGUGAGUCAGAUCAAGAAGUGGGCGACCAUUUCCAGCUGUGCCAUGGGAGGGGAGAAGUGUCUCUACACCCUGCAGUCGGCUAAUGUGCACUUCAUAGCUGCUAAGCACAUGGUUCCAUUGAGGAAGAAAGUGGAUGACAUCAGCUUCCGCCUGGUCCCCUACAAGCUGUUCACCCACUGCCGUGUGGUGGCCAUGUCUGUCUCUGAAACCUGGUAUGCCGUCCAUGACCAUGGUACCAACUACUGCAACCUCUACAACCUCAUAGACGGCAGCGGGCUUACGGAGGCCCCUGGAUACACAGAGAUUACCAGCGACUUCGUCUGCACCCAGAGGUCAUCUGCCAACUGCACAGUGUACUGAGAGCGAUGACAUCAUCUGCACAGUGUACUGAGAGUGAUGACAUCAUCUGCACAGUGUACUGAGAGCGAUGACAUCAUCUGCACAGUGUACUGAGAGCGAUGACAUCAUCUGCACAGUGUACUGAGAGCGAUGACAUCAUCUGCAUGCUAUACGCGCACUGAAAGUGCCCCAUGUAUUUUACUGGCAUUGAGACUGCUAAACGCAUUAUACUGCCUCUGUGAGUGUGACAUAUUUUCUUUUGCCGCUGGACUAUGUUAUACAUGCACUGAGGCUUCCAAAUAGGCCUAUGUUAUACUGGAACUGUGACUAAAAAUAUGUCAUACUGGCACUGUGACUGCAAAAUAUGUUAUUGUUGCACUGACUGUUAAAUAUGUUGCAUUAAGACUGAGACUAUACUGCCAGUGAGGCUGCUGCAUAAUUAUUUUAGUGGGGCCCUGACAUUACUCCAUGGUUUACUUCCAGUGAGACUGAAAACCAUGUUAUUCUGGUUUUUAUACUGAUUCUGCAGUUGCAGGGGUGCGACAACCAACAGCUGUGUGUGUGUGAGCUGUGUGUGUGAGUGUGUGUGAGUGUGUGUG